AUGAUUGUAUUUUACGCAGUAAUUUUGUGGCUUACGGGGGCCGUUUGUGCUUACCAUGAUUACGUGAAUAAUACAUUGGAGCCUGCUGCGCGCCAACUGCUAGAUUUCAAACUGGAGCAUCCGAAACCUGUUGGAAUUUUAAGCACAAUGGCGGGCAAACCAGUGGAUAUAAGAGAAACAACUACUUUGAAUAACGAUGGUCUCACUUCAAAUGAGUUUUUUUUGGACGAUGUAAUGCACUCCGUUGCAGAGAGAAUACCGGAAAGAGUAGUACAUGCUAAAGGAACAGGCGCAUUUGGUUAUUUCGAAGUAACUCAUGAUGUAUCCAAAUAUACAAAAGCUGACGUCUUUAAUGGUAUUGGUAAAAGAACACCUGUAGCCGUUAGGUUGUCGACUGGGCUAGGAAGUAAAGGAGGUAACGAUCUUGCUAAGGAGAUAAAAGGUUUCACCAUAAAAUUUUAUACAAAUGAAGGAAAUCUGGAUCUUUUAGGGUUAAAUGUUCCGGUUUAUUUAUACACAGAUCCUUCAAUGUUUACUCCAUUUGUUCAUGCUUUCAAAAGAAACCCACGUACAAAUUUAUUUGAUUUAACAGCACAAUGGGAUAUUUUAACAUUAAAACCCAUUCUUUUGCAUGGAAUAUUUUGGCUUUAUUCAGACUAUGGAUCUCCAAAUGGAUACAGGAAGAUGGAUGGAUUUCCAAUACACACGUAUGAAUUAAGUAAUAAGAAUGGAGAUAGAUAUUAUGCUAAAUUCAAUUUUAGAACUGAACAAGGCUUGGAAAAUCUAACUACAGCCGAAGCAGUGGCAAUUUCUGGUCAAGAUCUGGAUUACGGUACAAGAGAUCUGUACAAUAAUAUUGCUUUAAAAAAUUAUCCAUCAUGGCGAAUAGAAAUGGACGUUAUGACAUCACAUGAUAUUACCAAUGUUGAUUACAAUCCCUUCGACGUGACAAGAUUAUGGAAAAAUGGCACUUACCACACAAUACAAAUUGGACGAUUAGUACUUGACAGGAAUCCUGAUAACUUUUUUGAAGCUGUAGAAUUAAGUGCUUAUAAUCCUGGAAAUUUAGUCCCUGGCAUUAAUAGUCCUCCAGAUACAAUUUUCAAGAGUAGAAGGUUAGCUUAUAGGGAUACACAAAAUUAUCGGUUAGGCGUAAACCAUAAGAGAAUCAAUGUGAAUGCACCGAAAUACCGUAAAACGUAUAACCGUGAUGGAGUACCAUCAGUGAACGAAAAUAUGAAAGACGUACCGAAUUAUUAUCCAAAUUCAUUCAAUGGCCCUGUGCCUUUCAUUGACGAAUCCCGUCCCAAUGAAAGAAUCAUUGUAUUUGACAGUAAUGCAGUUGACUUGGAGUCUUCUUCUAAUUUCUACAAAUAUAUUUUGGUUGAUGAAGGUCAAAAACAAAGAUUUAUUGACAACCUUGUUUUGUCACUUGUCCCGGUGGUUCCGGAAGUUCGAGAAAAAGCCCUGAAACUUCUUAAGCUUGUAGACUUGGAAUUAGGUAUAAGAGUUCGUGCAGGAGUAACAGCAGCAAGAGCAAGAAUAAGAGAUGAGUCUUUGAUGACAAUUCAUCAUUAGAUAUUAUAAAGUUAUCCUGCGGAAUGAUAUUAGUAUUUAUGGAUGUUAUAAACCUCCAGCCACAUUUGGAUGACGAACAUAUUAAUAGUUACAUACUAUACUAUUACUUGUAGAUUUGAUAUUAAAUAUAUAUUCAUGCUAGUAUAAUUGUGGCAAGCACAAGCAAAUUAAUCCAUAAGGGCAAUUUCUAGUAGAAAAAAAAAAACUGUAAAAAAAAAACAGAACCUAUCGCACUCCUGAGUUUAUCUCUAUAAUAUCUAUAUAAUUUUUAUUCUAUUUUAUACCUGCUAAGCCACAAAUAUGCUUAAACGUCUGAAUGAAUUUGAAGAGCAUACUGAUAUUAUUAUAAAAUACACGUGCAAAGUCGCUGCCUAUAAUUUAUUUAUAAUUUAAGUACUUACUCCCUAGCAGCCGUCGUAUCUGGGCUUAUUUCUCUUUCACAUAGUCCACCCACUAUUUCUUUAGUUCUUUACAUCCGGCCACGUUUAUACAUAUAUUAAAUAUCUUCUUCAAAACACGUUUUAAAAAAAAUUCAUACCUCUGUAUGACAUGUCUUAUAAAAGACGUUAAGAUAUAAUAAAUCUUACUGUAGCAUAAUCAUAGAAUCCGCACAAGUAACCUAUAUUACCUACCUAUAUCUACCUACCUA